AUGAACAGCAGCGCGAAAUUCAGAGUUGCUAUAAUUGGCGGAGGCAUAGGUGGAUUGACUUUCGCUGUCUCGCUCAAUAAGAACAGCAAGAACGUCGUUGUCGACCUGUACGAAUCGGCCGCCGCUUUUACAGAGGUCGGAGCUGGCAUCGGAGUAUGGCCCCGUGUUUGGGAGAUUUAUCAAGAGCUCGGCUUACGAGACGAUCUGUUGGCUAUAGCCUCAGAUAGUGAACAGACUAGAAGUGUUCCCACAGCCCGUGUACUUGAAUACCGCAAAGCAGAUCAAACCGAGGGAAUAGAUUUCCAUGGAAAUACACAAAGAAUUCGUUUUACCUCGUUUCACAGGGCAGAGUUCCAGGCUGCCCUCGUCCGGCAUUUACCGCAAAGCUAUAAUAUCUAUUUUUCCAAGAGACUCAAGUCUUACACGGAGACGCCAUCCGGAGAAAUGGUCCUCGAGUUCCUCGACGGCUCGACGGCUGCCUGCGACAUCCUAGUAGGAUGCGAUGGCAUCAAAUCCGCUGUCCGUUCUGUUCUCUACCACUCUCUGGUCAAGGAAGCCGAGUUAGCAGGUGACAUUGCCCAAGCUGCUUGCUUCCGCAGGGAGGCUAUACCGCAAUGGAGUGGCUAUAUUGCCUAUCGUGCUCUUUUCCCAAGGGACCGUCUGGAAGCAGCCUGUCCAGGACAUCCGGCAUUGACGAGGAGCUUGCUGGUAUGUUAUAUUUCUUUACACGCCGGCCGCACUGACAAGCCCCUCUCACAGUGUUUCGGAAAGAACAAGCAUAUAGUCAUUUAUCCUGUGUCUCAGGAACACUUCAUCAAUAUCGUCGCAUUUGUGGCGGACUUCAAGUCGCAAGGUGCUAUCUAUCCUGAGCCAUGGGUUCGUGAAUCGGGGAAGGAGGAGCUGGCUGCCCUAUUUUCUAAUUGGGAACCCGACGUUCAGAUAUUGUUCAACUGCCUAGACAAGGUAUCUGCUUGGGUGAUCAAUACGCUCCCGUCGCUGCAUACGUAUGCUGGAUCACGAGUGGCGCUUGUCGGUGACGCCGCACAUGCUAUGGAGCCUCACCAAGGGUCUGGAGCCGGCCAAGCCGCAGAGGAUGCUUUCAUCCUAGCCACUAUUCUUGGGCACCCUUCCGUCACAAAGGAAACGCUUGCCAACGCUUUGCUUAUCUAUGACGAAAUUCGUCGGCCAUUCUCGCAGCAGAUCGUCGAAAAGUCACGACUCACUGGUAUACACUAUGACCUGCACUGCCCUGGAAUUGAGAAUGUGACGGAAGGAGCAAGUGCACAAGGCGCCAUAUCCACCAGGCAACUCGAAGCAAUUGGAAAGAAGCUUGAUGAUCUUAUAACUUGGGCGGGAACCUCGUCGAUCAUGGAUGAUCGAGACAGGGCUCUGGAGUUACUGGAGGCGGGACUGAAAGCCCAGGUUUGA